AUGGAGGCAGGACCUAAAAUGGAGUUGAAGAGUUAUAAACGAAAAAAUGCUUCUCUCUCUCCUAGUUCCUCUCCUGCCAAAGCCCAGCGUACGCACCUAUCUUUGGAAGAAAAGAUUAAAUUGAUGCGCUUGGUUGUCCAACACAAGCAUGAAUUAGUCGACCGCAAGACCAGCGAGUUCUAUGCAAAAAUCGCUCGUAUCGGUUAUGAGAACGAAGGACUUGCCAUCCAUACUGAAUCCGCCUGCCGUAAUCAAAUAAUCUCUAUUAUGCGUGUUUACGAACAACGCCUUGCCCAUCGUCAACCUGGCAUGAAAACUACUCCUGAAGAAGACGAACUCGAUCAAUUGUGUGAUGAAUGGAAAGCUCGUUUGAGUGAACUACAACAAUAUCGUGAAAAAUUCUUGGUCGGUAAACGAAAGUGUGAUUGUAAUGAUGAAAUAAACGAACGCCUUAAAAAGCUUACUGAAGACCAACAAAACGUUGACAUGUUAGUAGCCAAGGUCAAUUUUCUUUCAAAACAUCUUCAUGAUAACGAAGAAAAAAUUAUGCAGCUUAGCGCCCGUGUGGAAGAAUUAUACACCGAUAAUAAGCGUAUUCAUCAGCUCCUCGAUCACAAUGACAUCUUGGCAAAGAUGGAAACUCACUCCCCGUAUGGCCCACCACACAGCGUUAAUAUGAAUCCAAGUAUGACACCAAAUAUGGCCCCCAAUAUGGGCACAAAUAUGGGCGCUAACAUGGGUACGAACAUCGGUGCAAAUAUGAGCCCUAAUAUGAAUGCUAUCCGCAGUGGUCUGCAUUCUAGCAUUGCCCCUAAUCUUGACCAUUAA